CGACAAGGAUUGGAGGCCAUAGGUGGGAACCAGACAGCAAAAAGUUCACUUCACACCACAGUGUGCCAAGUGAAGGGGAACACAAAUACUCUGGAGCUCUUACUGUGCGCUGACAGUCAACCAUGGGUGACUGGAGCUUUUUGGGCAACAUCCUCGAGGAAGUAAAUGAGCAUUCGACAGUAAUCGGUAGGGUGUGGCUCACGGUCCUCUUCAUCUUCCGAAUCCUCAUCCUGGGCACGGCCGCAGAGUUCGUGUGGGGCGACGAGCAAUCGGAUUACGUGUGCAACACGCAGCAGCCGGGUUGCGAGAACGUUUGCUACGACGAGGCCUUCCCCAUCUCGCACAUUCGCCUGUGGGUGCUCCAGAUCAUCUUCGUUUCCACGCCUUCUUUGGUGUAUGUGGGCCACGCAGUCCACCAUGUACACAUGGAGGGGAAGCGCAAGGAACGGGAGGAGGCUGAGCUCAACAGGCAGCAAGAGAUGAAUGAGGAGAGGCUGCCGAUCGCGCCCGAUCAGGGAAGCGUCCGUACGGCCAAGGAGACGAGCACAAAGGGCAGCAAGAAGUUCCGUCUAGAGGGCACUCUCUUGAGGACCUAUAUCUGCCACAUUAUCUUCAAGACUCUCUUUGAGGUAGGCUUUGUGGUGGGCCAGUACUACUUGUACGGCUUCCGAAUCCUGCCGCUCUACAAGUGCAGCCGUUGGCCGUGCCCAAACACGGUCGACUGCUUUGUCUCAAGGCCUACCGAGAAAACCGUGUUCAUCAUCUUCAUGUUAGCCAUGGCCUGCGUCUCGCUUUUCCUCAACUUUGUGGAAAUCAGCCAUUUGGGCUUGAAAAAGAUCCACUUUGUGUUCCGUAAACUGGUGCAGCCGCAAGUUGAGGGACCAGGGGCGGCCGAGAAGGCCUUGCCUUCCAUAGCGUCCUCCUCGAUCCAGAAAGCCAAAGGCUACAAGUUGCUGGAGGAGGACAAAGCCACAUCGCACUUCUUCCCUCUGACUGAGGUAGGGGGAAUGGAGGCUGGCCGGCUUCCAGCUCCGUACGAGCCAUUUGAGGAGAAAACGGACAAGGCGACAGCACCUAAGAAAGACGCGUCUAAGGUGUAUGACGAAACGCUGCCCUCCUACGCCCAGACGACCGUGAUAGGACCGAGCACGGCGGCAGGAGUUGUAUGCAGGGAUGAAGACGAGGACGAGUUGGCCAUCGAAGCAGAUGUGGAAGCCAGCGAGACGAUAGAAGACACGCGACCACUCAGCAGCCUGAGCAAAGCCAGCAGUCGGGCAAGGUCAGAUGACUUGACGGUAUAAAUAAUAUAGAGCUGGAUUAGAAGUGCAGCAGUACCAAUUGUAGUUUUGGAAAAAACAUAGAAAAGUAAAAACGAGAGCCUUUCGGCAACUGCGGCGAUACUUAUUAUACCAGCUCUUUUAUUUCGAGGAAGAACACGAUUUAAAAAAAUAAUGCUGUGCAAUUUUCAUGCGGAAACUUGAGAGCUUGAUUCGUUUUUUUUAUACAGCAGUAUUUUUUUGUACUGUUUUUAUCAAACAGUUAACAAACCAAAGUUAGAGAUCUGCAGCAGCUAGAUCUGCGUAGGGAGGAGUUGGGAUUUAGCAAAAUAUGUGCUGUUUUU